AUGGUUGCUCGCUCGCCACCCCAACAGCAGUCGCCACACCAAGAGCACGAACGUGCCUGCCAGAACAGCGGUCGCCAGAGACAGAGCAUGAACACGCACCACCAGCACAAGGACCCAGAAGGAAAAAGACCAAGUUCUGGAAGAUGCCUAGCCUUCCAGAUCACCUGCCUCCCUUCACGCGCCCCGGCCCGGCAGGCCUCGGCACACCCCGGCACGCCCCGGCACGGCACGCCCUGGCUCGGCACGCCCCGGCACACCCCGGCACGCCCCGGCACACCCCGGCACGCCCCGGCUCAGCGCGCCCAGGCCCGGGUCAGCGCGCCCCGGCCCGGGUCAGCGCGCCCCGGCCCGGGUCAGCGCGCCCCGGCCCGGGUCAGCGCGCCCCGGCCCGGGUCAGCGCGCCCCGGCUCGGCAGGCCCCUGCUCGCGCGCCCCGGCCCGGCAGGCCUCGGCACACCCCGGCACGGCACGCCCUGGCUCGGCACGCCCCGGCACACCCCGGCACGCCCCGGCUCAGCGCGCCCCGGCCCGGCUCAGCGCCCCUGCUCGGCUCGGCACGCCCCUGCUCGGCUUGGCACGCCUCGGGACGCCCCUGCUCGCGCGCCCCGGCUCGGCAGGCCUCGGCACACCCCGGCACGCCCCGCCUCAGCGCGCCCCUGCCCGGGUCAGCGCGCCCCGGCCCGGUGCGCCCCGGCCUGGCUCCGAGCGCCCCGGCUCGGCGCGCCCCAGCACGCUCCAGCUCGGCACGCCCCGGCACCCCCCCCCCUCAGCGCGCCCCGGCUCGGCAGGCCUAGGCACACCCCGGCACGCCCCGGCUCGGCUCGGCACGCCCCGGCCCAACUUGGCACGCCCCACCGCGGCUCAGUGCGCCCCGGCCUGGCUCGGAGCGCCCCGGCUCGGCGCGCCCCAGCACGCUCCAGCUCGGCACGCCCCGGCACCCCCCCCCUCAGCGCGCCCCGGCUCGGCAGGCCUAGGCACACCCCGGCACGCCCCGGCUCGGCGCGCCCCUGCCCGGGUCAGCGCGCCCCGGCUCGGCACGUCCCUGCUCAGCUCGGCACGCCCCGGCCCAACUUGGCACGCCCCACCGCGGCUCAGUGCGCCCCGGCCUGGCUCGGAGCGCCCCGGCUCGGCGCGCCCCAGCACGCUCCAGCUCGGCAUGCCCCGGCACGCCCCGCCUCAGCGCGCCCCGGCUCGGCAGGGCUCGGCACACCCCGGCACGCCCCGCCUCAGCGCGCCCCGGCCCGGGUCAGCGCGCCCCGGCUCGGCACGCCCCUGCUCGGCUCCGCACGCCCCGGAACGGCUCGGCACGGCUCGGCACGCCCCUGCACGGUUCGGCACGACUCGGCACGCCCCGGCACGCACGGCUCAGCACGCCCCGGCACGGUUCGGCACGGUUCGGUACGGCUCGGCACGCCCCGGCACGCGCGCCCCGGCCCGGCAGGCCUCGGCACACCCCGGCACGGCACGCCCUGGCUCGGCACGCCCCGGCACACCCCGGCACGCCCCGGCUCAGCGCGCCCCGGCCCGGCUCAGCGCCCCUGCUCGGCUCCGCACGCCCCUGCUCGGCUUGGCACGCCUCGGGACGCCCCUGCUCGGUUCGGCACGCCCCUGCUCGGCUCGGCACGCCCCUGCUCGGCUAGGCACGCCCCGGCCCAACUUGGCACGCCCCACCGCGGCUCAGUGCGCCCCGGCCUGGCUCCGAGCGCCCCGGCUCGGCGCGCCCCAGCACGCUCCAGCUCAGCAUGCCCCGGCACGCCCCGCCUCAGCGCGCCCCGGCUCGGCAGGCCUAGGCACACCCCGGCACGCCCGGGCUCGGCGCGCCCCUGCCCGGGUCAGCGCGCCCCGGCUCGGCACGUCCCUGCUCAGCUCGGCACGCCCCUGCUCGUGCGCCCCGGCCUGGCUCGGAGCGCCCCGGCUCGGCGCGCCCCAGCACGCUCCAGCUCGGCAUGCCCCGGCACGCCUCGCCUCAGCGCGCCCCGGCUCGGCAGGCCUCGGCACACCCCGGCACGCCCCGCCUCAGCGCGCCCCUGCCCGGGUCAGCGCGCCCCGGCCCGGUGCGCCCCGGCCUGGCUCGGAGCGCCCCGGCUCGGCGCGCCCCAGCACGCUCCAGCUCGGCACGCCCCGGCACCCCCCCCCUCAGCGCGCCCCGGCUCGGCAGGCCUAG